UGAUAAAACAAAAUAAUAGAAAAUUAUUAUGAAAUUUUAGAAUAAUUAUUAAUUUUAUAUGGCCAAUUAACUUAAUACACUUGCUUUUUAAACAGCGUCAAAAUGGUGUUGGCCGAUUUAGGCCGAAAGAUCACGUCAGCCUUGCGGGGCUUGAACAAUGCUAGUAUCAUCAAUGAAGAGGUUUUGAACUCUAUGCUGAAAGACAUCUGCGCAGCACUUCUCGAAGCUAAUGUGAAUGUUAUGUUAGUAAAAAAGCUGAGAGAAAAUGUUCGUAACGUUAUUGAUUUUGAUGAAAUGGCUGGAGGCCUGAAUAAGAGGCGCAUGAUACAAAGUGCAGUCUUUAAAGAAUUAGUGAAAUUAGUAGAUCCAGGAGUGAAAUCAUAUCAACCUGUUAAAGGGCGACCAAACAUCAUAAUGUUUGUAGGUCUUCAAGGCUCCGGUAAAACAACCACUUGUACCAAAUUAGCCUAUUAUUAUCUAAAAAAAAACUGGAAAACUUGCCUUGUAUGUGCUGAUACUUUUCGUGCUGGAGCGUAUGAUCAGUUAAAACAAAAUGCAACAAAAGCCCAAAUACCAUUUUAUGGGAGUUACACCGAAGUAGAUCCUGUUGUUAUAGCUCAAGAUGGAGUAGACAUGUUUAAAAAAGAAGGUUUUGAAAUUAUAGUUGUUGAUACUAGUGGACGUCAUAAACAGGAAGCGUCAUUGUUUGAGGAAAUGUUACAAGUCUCUAACACUAUUAAACCAGACAAUAUUGUAUUUGUGAUGGAUGCUACAAUAGGGCAAGCUUGUGAGGGUCAAGCACGAGCUUUUAAAGAAAAAGUCAAUAUUGGUUCUGUAGUGAUUACCAAACUUGAUGGACAUGCUAAAGGAGGAGGAGCCCUCAGCGCUGUUGCAGCUACUAAAAGUCCAAUUAUUUUCAUUGGUACUGGCGAGCAUAUUGAUGACUUUGAACCUUUUAAGACAAAACCAUUUGUGUCUAAAUUACUCGGUAUGGGUGAUAUCGAAGGACUUAUAGAUAAAGUAAAUGAGCUUAAGUUAGAAGACAAUGAAGAGUUGAUUGAAAAAAUUAAACAUGGUCAAUUCACUAUUCGGGAUAUGUAUGAACAAUUUCAAAAUAUUAUGAAAAUGGGACCAUUUUCUCAAAUAAUGGGUAUGAUCCCAGGUUUUAGUCAAGACUUUCUUUCGAAAGGUAGUGAAAUGGAGUCAAUGGCACGAUUAAAAAAACUCAUGACAAUUAUGGACAGUAUGAAUGAUGGAGAAUUGGACCAUAGAGACGGAGCAAAAUUGUUCACAAAACAACCUGGUCGAAUAAUAAGGGUGUCACAGGGAGCUGGUGUAACUGAACGUGAAGUUCGUGAACUAAUAUCUCAGUACACUAAGUUUGCUGGAGUUGUCAAGAAAAUGGGUGGUAUUAAGGGGUUAUUUAAAAGUGGAGAUAUGUCGAAGAAUGUCAAUCCAUCUCAGAUGGCCAAGCUCAAUCAACAAAUCACUAAAAUGAUGGAUCCUAGAGUUUUACAACAAAUUGGUGGUAUGCCAGGAUUACAGAAUGUUAUGCGUCAGUUACAACAAGGAGCAGGAGGCGGUCUGGGUAAUUUAAUGGGGGGAAUGGGUAAAUAAAUGUAUAAACAAAUUAUAUUUUGCAUAUGUUCUCCCAAUUUGUAUCUUUUGUAUGCUAUUUGAUAUAUGUAAAAACAAUGUUUAAGGUAAGAUAGUUUGUAUAAGACAAUUUCCAUUACCGUAUAAUAUAUAAGUAUGAUAAAAACAGGUUCUCUUUUUAAAUGAAUACAAAAAAUAAAUGACAAAAUGUUUUUUUUUAAACAUACUUGAUUACAUUUUAUGCUGUUUAAUUUGUAAAAAAAAAAUAGUAUUUGUUUUUGUUUGUUAAAUAAAAUCGUUUAAAUCUAAA